UGGGCUCGCUUUGACAGUGGUCGUGACAGCGUGCGUGGUUUUCGCGCCAAUCGUAUUGAAAAGUUUUUCUACAACUUAUUGUGUAGUGAGCGUGAACUAGGGUGUGCUUAUGUUAAGUUUAUAAUCUAUGUUUUAUAUUUAUACAAGUGUGAAAACGUGAUUGGGAACAAUAAGUGCCUUAAUAUGUGUUAACGAACUGUCAAUAAUGUCAAAGUGCAAACACAAAGACGAUGGCCCUACGAAAUGACAUGGAUUCCAGUUUCCUCCCGGCGGACCCGCCGCCACACUCGGACGUGCCCUACCAGCCAAAGACAGACCUGGCAACGGAGUACUUUAACACAUUCAACCAAAUAUGCGAAAACUAUCGAGACGACAGGAUCCCAGAGCCUAGGCCACCGGAACUGAGGCCCGUAGAUAGCAUACGAUCCUCGGCAGAUACCCUCCGAGUGUCCUCCGAAAUCCUCGACGGCAGCAGAGAGUUCAUAAGCACGGAUUUUCAGAGACUGGACUUCAGUGAAAAGUUCUUGAAGGAUGAACAGGUUUUUCAGUUCGGUCAGCCGGAUGCGUCUGCGCUACUCAGAGUGCGAGCGAGACGAAGGUAUAAUGAGGAGCACGGAAUACCGACGGUGACCAGUCAGGAAAGUGGGUAUGGCAGUGAUGAGUUCGGUCACGACUCCCCGAGCCGGUAUGCGUCACCAAAAGGCGCAGGAGGGGGUGCAGCGGGCUACCAGGAGCCCUAUUAUGGUGGCGAGUGGGCUUCGGGGUACUACCAACCACCGCCACCGUAUCAUCAUGACCCUUAUGCCACAUCACCUGGCAUAGGGGCGGGCGCGUCUGGUGAGCCGAGCGCGGCGGGCGGCGCAGAGCUACCGCUGCCCCCCAUGUCGUCAUUUAGAGCAGCCGCCCCUGUGCACUCACCGACAGAUCCGAUGCUCGUCGCCAAACCUACUAUGCAGCCGAUGUACGGCGGAGCUGCAGGAGCGGCGGUCAGUGGAGCUGGCGAAGCCGGUUCGCUGUCUUCUUACGGGUCAUCGCCCUCCACACCCGUACAUUCUCCACCCCCGCUGCAUGCGCGGCUGUAUCCGCCGCUCAAACACUCGCCACAUCACCCGCAUCACGCGCAUCAUAAUGGACAGCAAGCGAACUGGGUGUCAUCGGGAGUGUCAUCACCGCCCAGCGCUUCGACCCCCCACGCGCCAUUAACUAACGCGGUGCUCCCCAACGGACACCACGUCGGCGUGUUCCCGCCACCGGUCAUGGGUGCUCCGGCCGAACAGAGGCAGCUGGACGAGGCCAUGGUCUUCCUCCGCGAGCACAACGACGUCGGGGGCGCCCGAAUGGAGGAGAGACUGGACGACGCCAUCAACGUGCUUCGAAAUCACGCGGAGGCGCCCGACAUGUAUCCGCAGGAUGUUCACACGCACCAGCCGCCGCAGGCGAGUCGGCUCGGCGGCCUGGCGCAUCUUCAGCCGGAGCCCGUCAAGAUGGAGCGGCAUCUCUUGCCCAAUACGAAAAAGCGCAAAGAGCCGCCGGACUCGGGGCUGGACUCGAAGCCGUCCUCCUCGGGGUCGGGCGACGCCCUCGGCAAGCCGCCCAACAACAAGCGGUCGAGGAGAUAUUUGUCCGUCAGCUGCUCCUCGGCCGACGAGGACGACCUGGACCCCGACGCGAAGGCGGCGCGCGAGAGAGAGCGGCGCCAGGCCAACAACGUCCGAGAGAGGUGGUCGGCUGGACUCUCUCGCGCGCCGUCUUCCGCUCGAAGUUGCUCGUCAGCCGACGAAGGCGACGACGAAUCGGAUCCGCAUUCGAAGGCCCUGCGGGAGAGGGAGAGGCGGCAGGCGAACAACGCGAGAGAGAGGAUACGAAUAAGGGACAUAAACGAGGCGCUGAAGGAGCUGGGCAGGAUGUGCAUGACGCACCUGAAGAGCGACAAGCCCCAAACGAAGCUCGGCAUCCUCAACAUGGCCGUCGAAGUCAUCAUGACGCUCGAACAGCAAGUCAGAGAGCGCAACUUGAACCCGAAGGCCGCCUGCCUGAAGAGGCGCGAGGAGGAGAAGGCGGAGGACGCUCCGAAGCUGCUCGCCGCGCCCUUGCACCACUACCAGCACAUGCCGGGCAUGGGCCAGGUGUCGGGUCAGCCGCCUUCGGGGCCGCCGCAGCAAUAACGAAUCGGCUCCAACGCGCACGCUCACAUCGCUUACCGCCUCUAGCCGGCACCGGGACACGCCUCCGUGCUCUUUGCGCUUAAUGUCAUCCGAAGUGAUCGUUUCGUUCGUUUUCGUCCGACCGAAGCGGAGUUGCAGAAAUAGCUGGCUCUCUCGUUCUCUUUCUCUUCAGCUCUUGGAUCGUUUCUUUUCUGAUUUUUAGUUAUUCGUUUCGUGUUUCUCCAUGUCGGUCUCCGCGCGGAGCGUCGAACGCGCUCGUAGACAUUCCAAUCGGACGGAAACAAUAAUCGCAAAGAGCACGCUCAGCGUCAGACACGCGCCAGCCUACGGUCACUCGGGUCGAGUCGAGAUCGUCCGUACCGUGUGUCAGUGCGCGAGUGACUAAUUGGACUCUAAAUAGGACUUAAGUGUGUAUAUUACCUAGGCCUAGGGAAUAGUUUUAUAACCUGAACCAUCGAGAUGGAAUUUUUUAAUGUCUCACGCCCGAAGACGAGAGGAAGCGGAAAAUUGUAAAAUAAUAUUAGAUAUAGAUAAUAAUAAAUAUAUAAGAAAAAGAUAUUUUAAUUACGAUUUUAAAUAAUUUCGCUGCCAUAAGCGUAGAAUAAGGUCCGGAGUCCGUUUUCGUGGCGACACCGCUCCGCCGUCCCCCCGUCCCCGUCUUUGCGUUCACGGUCCCCGAUUUUAAGCUCGACAAUAACUCCCCGAAGGUGGACUCUGGACAUCUCUAUUAGAAUUUUCUUUCGAGACGAGCUCGAGGGUGACCCGUCCGGAGACGGCGUCGUCCGUCGGCGUGCCGUUCCCCGUCUCCGCGGAGGAGCCUCGGUCGGAGGCGGAGGUGGGGAAGAGCGCGCGGUAAUCGUCGGCUGCUAACUUAAGUGACGUACUUAAGAUUUCUUUUUAACUCCAGUGAUUUUUUUACGAUUUUACCCCGUAUACAGGUCUUUUACGCGUUUGCGUAUUUUUUAUUUAUAUUCGGUAGCUAUUGUUUUGAUUUGAUAGCGUACUUAUGUUUUCGAAGCUCGAUUAUGAAUUACUUUUCGAUGUUAAUCGGCCGCAUGACAAGUGUAAUUUUGCUCGACGAAUCGGUGUAAGAAUUUUAAUUGUAACGUUUCGUUUUGUAUUGAAAGAUUUAUUGUUCGGCGACACUCGACAGUUGUAAAUACGAGGAAGCUCAAUUUUGUCGCGUCUCGAAUCGAUCGCUUCUCCACACGGUCAACUACGAUUCGUACCAAAUUAGUAGUCCGCUACGCGUGAGGUACGAAUUCGGUAGUUCCCCUCGAUUCCCCGCCCAAAACUUGUAUUAUAUAGAGAUAAGUUGAACCGCCAUUUUGGUGAAACCGAGGGUUUCAUCGAAAUGGCCGACUCGGAUGAUUGAUUAUUGGAAAGUUCAAAUAUUUUUUUAGUAUUUCUUAGCGUUUAAGUCACUUUAUGACCGCUGUCUAGCUUAGUUGACUUCUUCCAUUUAGCGUUAAUUUUAAGUUUUUUUUUAUUAUUAGUUUUGUUGUCCGUAGGGUCUACGCGAAAUCGAUGUGAAGCUCAAAACGUCGCGUCUCGCUCCGAUAAUCUAAUCUACGUUGGUAGAAAGGAGACGGCACGAUUUUAUGCUUGAUGUCGAUUUCGUCCAAAAAACCAGUAAUUUAUUGGAAUAUGCUCAGGUUAAGAGGCACUGGAGUUGUUUUCCUUCUGUUCUGUUACAAAUCCUGGCGAUUGUGUAAUCGAGGCUGCUCUGUUAUUGCCUCGCGUAGACGUCCCCCUCCCACUGUUCAAAUGAAUAUAAAUACAAGAAAGCUCUUAUUAUAAAAGGAAUAAUUAUAAUUAAAUAUAAAUGUGCCAUUCAUUUUGCUAAA